AUGGCCUCAUCUUCUUCUUCUUCUUCUUCUUUUGCUAAUCCACAAAAGUAUGAUGUGUUUAUAAGUUUCAGAGGUGCAGAUACCCGGCACACUUUUACCAGUCAUCUUUAUGCUGCUUUAGUUCGCAAGAAAAUUGAGACCUACAUGGAUCACAAACUUGAGAGGGGGGACGAAAUUGGACCUUCCCUCUUGCAAGCGAUCAAGAAAUCAAAGCUUUCGUUGAUCGUUUUCUCUAAAAACUAUGCUUUUUCCACCUGGUGCUUGGAUGAACUUGUGCACAUAUUGGGAUGCAAAAAAAGUUACGGACAAAUUGUCAUACCCAUUUUUUACGACACAGAUCCAUCACAGGUACGGAAACAACACGGGAGUUAUGGAGAUGCAUUUGCUGAACUUGAAGAACGUUUCAAAGACAACAUGGACAAAGUGCUCAUGUGGAGAAAUGCCUCGAAGGAAGCAGCCAGUAUGUCUGGCUUUGAUAAUUCAAACAGAACAGGGACGGACGCUGAUUUCAUUGAGGAAGUUGUUGAAGAUGUUCUGACCAAACUGAAUCAAUCAUUGUCAAGUGAUUUAGAGGACCUGGAUCAAUUUUAUUCAAGAAAUAUUGAGGAAAUUAAAUCGUUAUUAUGCCUUGAUUCACCAGAUGUUUGCACUGUAGGCAUUUGGGUAGGCCGUAGGGUAGGCAGUUUGGGCAAGAGUUGGUUGACCACCCUUAGUGAUGGUUUAAUUCGCCGGCUGUCUCGUCAAUUUGAAGCUACUUGUUUUCUUGCAAAUGUUAAGGAGAGGUCAAAAGGACAUGGACUGAAUGACUUGAGAAAUCUACUUCUUUGUGAGAUAUUAAACGAAAAAGAUCUAAGUAUCGACACUGCAUCUGUAUCGCCGUUUAUUCAAGAAAGGCUCAGCCGUACAAAGGCCCUCAUUGUUCUUGAUGAUGUGAAUGAUUUAAGGGAGAUAAAAUAUCUAGCAUGUACUAGUCAGCUUAAGUUUGGCCCUGGAAGUAGAAUCAUUAUAACAACUAGAGAUAGGAGUCUACUUAAGAAAACUCUUCCUCAUGAUAAGAUUUACAAGUUUGGUCAUAUGGAAGGAUUGAUGUCAUGGGCAUUGAAUAGUGUUUCCGUUAGAGAUAAUGACUGCCUCAUUAAACAAGGGUUACAUGGGUGGGCAAGAUGGGUCACUUGA